ACGUCAAUCACUGAACGCGCACACACUCUACAGUCUACACACACAAACAAACAACUCUCAGACUCUCUCACUCCCCAACCAUCUUCUCAAUAGAUAUAUAUAUAUCUCUUUUUCAUGUGUUGAAGAAAGUUCAAGAAACAUUGAUAUAUAGCACUUUUAGAUAGAGAGAGAGAGAGAGAGAAUGGAAGAAGAAGCAACAAGGUCACUGCUUGUUGAAGAACGGGGUCAUGCAAACACUAACAACAGGGUCGACUCUUCUGCUUCAUCCCCAUUCACAGCUGUUGUUGUCUUCAGCAAUUUUGUUAAUGCUUGUGGUUUAUUCGCUUAUGGCUGUGCUUCUGGAUAUUCGUCCUCUGCCGAGUCUGGUAUUAGGGAAGACCUGGGCCUUUCUACUGCACAGUACUCAAUUUUCGGUUCGGUAUUGACCAUUGGAGGGAUGUUGGGUGCAAUAAUAUGUGGCAAAGUAGCGGAUCUGAUUGGCCGGAGAUUUACUAUGUGGCUCUUGGAUAUAUUUUUCCUCGUGGGAUGGCUUGCAAUAUAUUUUGCAAAGGGUGCUCUGUUGCUUUACUUUGGAAGGCUGUCGCUAGGGUUUGGAAUUGGCCUUCUCUGUUAUGUGGCCGCUGUAUACACAGCAGAAAUCACACCCAAGAAUAUUCGAGGAGGAUGUACAGCAGCUACUCAGUUGAUGACGUGCUGUGGCUUGUCACUAGUAUUUUUCGUCGGGAACCUCAUUAAUUGGCGCACAUUGGCUCUCAUCGGAACUAUACCUUGUGUGCUACAAGUUGUGGGCGUAUUCUUCAUACCAGAGUCUCCAAGAUGGUUGGCAAAAGUUGGUCGAGAAAAACAGUUAGAAGCUUCUUUACGACGCCUAAGGGGAAAAAAUGCCAAUAUUUCUGAAGAAAUGACUGAGAUCAGAGAUUACACGGAAAUGGUUCAAAGUCUCUCUGAAUCCAAGUUCUUAGACAUGUUCGACUGGAGAUAUGCUCAUGCAUUAACUGUCGGGGUCGGACUUAUGUUACUGGUACAACUUGGUGGUACCAGUGGGGUUUCAUUUUACGCAAGUUCGAUUUUCAAAGCUACUGGUAGCUCAGGUACUGUUGGAACUACAGGAAUGGCUAUUAUUCAGAUUCCGGCUUCUGCUUCGAGUGUAUUUUUGAUGGAUACAUUUGGACGACGAUUCCUUAUGAUGGUAGCUGCAGCUGGGGCAUGCUUUGGAAGCUUCAUUGCAGGAUUGGCAUUCCUUCUAAAGGAUCUUCAUCAACAGGAGGAGGAGUUCACUUCCACAUUGUUGUUGAUUGGCAUACUGAUAUAUUUUGGAUGUUUUGCAAUGGGCAUGGGUAAUACACCAUGGGUUAUAAUGUCAGAGAUAUUUCCUAUAAACAUAAAAGGUUCAGCUGGAAGCCUAGUGACUUGGGUCAACUGGUUCAGUUCUUGGGUUGUUUCUUAUGCUUUUAACUUCUUAUUUGAAUGGAGUUCAGCAGGAGUAUUCUUCAUAUUUGGGAGCAUUUGUGCUUUAAUUGUUCUAUUUGUUUACAAGAUGGUGCCUGAAACCAAGGGACGAACACUCGAAGAAAUACAAGAAUCUAUGAUACAUCUCAAAUAAGAAACUCAAUUCAUCUCACAAUCAAAAUAUAGUGAGAUUUAAUGAUUGUUGUUAUGCCCUAAAAAUCAAGUCUAGUCUUUCUUUUUCUUUUCUUUUUUUUCUUUCUUUCCCCUGAUGUAUAAUAAUUUUAUUUGUAUACAUAUUUAAAACAUGUUUUUGUA